AUGAUGGUGAUCAGAACUCAUUUCCAAGCCACCGUUAUUAGAUCAUCACCUAUUCAAGAAAGAGAAAACACUCUCAAUCUCAGUGCCCAUGCACUUCCACCUUCAUAUCGGUCACUCAUGACAACUGAUGAUUCAAGGAUUCUUGAUUUCUAUGUUGAUGAUUUUGAUGUCGACACAGAUGGAAAAAGAUUUAUUUGGCAGGUUAGGGGAUAUGAUUAUUGUUCCAAAAGCCUAUGGAUCCCUUCAACAGCCAUGUUUAAUAUGCCUAUAAUUUUCUUAUGUUUCAAAAAUAUCUCUUUUGUAAGGACUUUCAAACAUUUGACAAGGAAUCUAAUUAACAUGGUCUUUUAUCUUCAGAAAGAGGAAGCUGAAAGAAAUGCUGAGAAUGUCGACAAUUAG